AGGGAUCUGACGUUCCUGCCCUGUACCAGCCAUUCCUGCUUUACAGUCAAUUUGCAGACUGACCCAUGAGUGAUGACGACGACGCUCAUACGCAUGAUGUAGAAACCCAUGCGCAACUAACACCAAAGGCCAAGAAGGCCAGACGCGCAAAGCGCACGUCGGUCGACACCCCAAAGCGAGGCUCGCUUUGGGACGACAAGAGUGUCCAUGAAUUGUUCCGACUUCGGUACAAGUCGCAGUUGGCCAAGCGUUUCGACUCGAAAAACAACGCCGAGAAGAAGGCAGCGUAGGUUAUGCUGGCGGUGGAGUUGAGCAUGUCGACGGAGAAAGAGUUUUCCGUUGCUCAAGUACAAGACAAGGUAAGCUGUAGUAUCUGUAUAAACUCCCAUUAUAUAUUGUAUAUUUUCGCUU